AUGGGCGCCUCUCUCCCGAACGAGUCGCCGUCACCGUCGCCGUCGCCGCGUCGCCACGAGUCGCUGAAGCGGCGUGCGAAUCCGUACAUCGUCGCAGGCGCGCUUCUAGUCAUCGCAUUCCUGGCCGUUCAGUACAACUCGUCGCGAUCAUGCGACGCGGAGCUGCAGCUGCAGCGACAGGCUCCCAACGACUCGCCCGGCCGUCUAUCCGCGUUACAUCCAUACUACGCUAAGGCGCAGAGCGCGCUCGAUAUGGAGCUGUGCCGAGCGGAAGCGGCGUACGCGGCGAAUAAGGCGCGCCGCGUGGCGUCGUUUAACGGCCUCCUGCAGCCGGCAGUUCUCUCAGUUGCUGAUAUGCUGACUAAGGCCAUCGCUCCCAUGUACCCCUGCCCUCGCGAACAACGGUUGGGCGUGUGGGGGGAAGGCGGAAAGUGGGUCUGCAUGCUGCCUACUGCCUUCCAAGCCCGACCUGUUGUGUACAGUGUGGGCAGCAAGGAGAGCUACUCGUUCGAGGAGGACAUUGCCAAAGCCACAGGCGCCAUACCCCUCACCUUCGACCCAUUUAUCUCUCAAGAGGCGCAACAACGCAUGCUCGCCCUGCCCUUCCUCCGCUACUUCCCCGAAGGCCUCUCGGGCAGAGCGAAACUUUUCAAGAACAGGAAGAUGUUUCCAAACUACACCUUUUCGACGCUGCCCGAGCUUAUGGCCACGCAUAACACUGACUACAUGGAUGUGCUCAAGAUAGACUGCGAGGGGUGUGAGAUUGAGAUGAUUCGAGACCUGGAGCAGGCCGUGGGGGGAGAUUCCAGGGCUGGGCUUGUGAGGUUCGGAGGGAAGCUCCCCUUUGGACAGCUGCUGGUGGAGUUUCACAAGAUUCAUGUACCUAAAGUCACGCUGCCUCUCAUCUACGCAAUUGAGAACCUCGAGCCUGGUGCAGCCUUCUAA